AUGCUUUUAGCGUCUAUUGCAUGCUUUCCUGUCACGAGUAUGACGAAACGUGGUGCACUUGGCGAAGUGUCUUCUGAAGAUAGAUCAAAGCCAGUCAAGAUAUCUAAACCCUCCUUAGAUAGUGAUGAGGAGGAUUAUCAAGAAGCCGACAACUUCCGUCUUCGUGAAGGUGAUAUUGACGGGCAGGAGAAUGCUACAUUGGAAUACGAUGAAGACAUAAAGAUAACCCCUUUCAAUAUGAGGGAAGAGCUGGAGGAAGAUGGUUACUUCGACGGGAAUGGGAAUUUCAUCUUCAAGAAAAAAGUCGAUGCACGAGAUAACUGGCUUGAAGAUAUUGAUUGGGUUGAAGUAAACAAACAACAAAUCGCGCGCAGAGUACCUGACUCUACAACCACUACUGACGCGCCCGAUGUGUCCUCAGACAUGGUGGGGAAAAUGGACUUGUAUCAGAAUUUGCUGAGUUUGAUGCGCCCUAAGGAAACAGUGUUACGGAGCAUCAAGCGCAUGGGCGCUCCUUCUGCGGCUCUCAAGGCCGCCUCCGCCAGUCAGAGGUGGUUGAAGAAAAAACAGACAGUCAUCGAUCAAUUACAGAGCGGAGAUCCAGAGGGAUUGUUGCGAGCAACUGAACUCGCAGAUCAACUUCUCCAAGGCGGCGAAUUUGACGUUUACCAGAUGACUUACGAACAAAUUGAGAAGUUGGUGCGAAAAGAAGAAAACGUCGAGCCGGAGGACGAACUUGAUGCCCUCGGCCAUGCAAUUGACAGUGUUUCCUCCAAACCAGAAGGUGGAUUGAAAUCCACUAACGACUAA